GCCGGCGGGGGUCCCGCCAUGCUGAAAGUCACCAUGCCCUCCUCGUCCUCCAGCUCCGCCGCCGCGGGCAGGGCGCCCGACUACUGGAUCGACGGCUCCAACAAAGACACCCUGGCGCACUACUUCGAGCUGGAGUCGGAGCUGGGACGUGGUGCUACAUCCAUUGUCUACAGAUGCAGGCAGAAAGGAACCCAGAAGCCUUACGCUGUCAAAAUGUUGAAGAAAACUGUAGACAAGAAAAUUGUCCGAACUGAAAUAGGUGUUCUCCUUCGCCUCUCGCAUCCAAACAUUAUAAAACUGAAGGAGAUAUUUGAAACCCCCACAGAAAUCAGUCUUGUUCUGGAGUUGGUCACAGGAGGGGAGCUGUUUGACAGGAUUGUGGAAGAAGGAUAUUACAGUGAGCGAGAUGCUGCUGAUGCUGUUAAACAAAUCCUGGAGGCAGUUGCUAAAUAUGGGGAAAAAACUAUAGGCAAUAACCACAUGAAACUUCCUCAGCUCCCUGGUCUGUCCCUGCUGAGAUCUAGUGUCCAGUACCAAAACAAGGCUCUGAGUCAAAUUAAUAAGUUGCUAGACUUUAUUUCUGGUUCCACGGAGUACCGUAGCAAUAGUGAGAUCACUGCAGUCCUGCAUGGUCCAAAUACCACUGUAUACAGGCUUCCAGCUAGUGUGGAGUGA